UGUCCACAUGCCUAUUGAGUUUGUUUUUGUGAACAGGGGAAGAAGAUUAUUGAGUUGGCUGGAAGAGUGGGAACUCCCACCAAUCCUGUGUGCAGAUAUAUGGAUCCACGAGUAGUAAACUGUUAGGAAACUAUCAUCAGAGAAACAGCAGUUGCAAUAUAGUUAUUGUCAAGCCAAGGACCUGGGCCCCAGAUCAAGGGAGAGCUUCUAUUUUAAAGCAGCUACAAGAAGAGGACAGUAUUAAAGCUGGUUCUGCUUGAGGUUGCUGCCCCACACUCUACAGUUGUCUAGUCUUAGAGGGUGAUGUCACAGCAUCUUUAACAUUCAGGCCCUAAUAAUCUACUUGUUAACAGGCAGGAACAUUUGAAAACAGUCAUGGAUGACUAUGAUAUCAGGUCUGCUGCCAGCAUUUUGGCAUCUGUUAAAGAGCAAGAGGCUCGUUUCGAGCGGCUCACCCGCGCACUUGAAGAAGAACGACGCAAUGUCUCCUUGCAGCUUGAACGUGCUAAUCAGCCCUCAGACCGAAUGAGCAUGUGCAACAUUGGCAAUGGUCAGCCACUGGCAACUGCGUGGCAGCAACUUGUCCUGCAGGAGCAAAGCCCCAGCAACCAGACCUCAAUAACAAUGAUGCAAGAGCCUCAAGAGAUGGUGGAGGAGACUGUAACGGUGGAGGAAGAUCCAGGCACACCCACUUCCCAUGUGUCUAUUGUGACUUCUGAAGAUGGAACCACAAGGAGGACUGAGACCAAGGUCACAAAAAUGGUCAAGACUGUCACCACUAGAACAGUGCGCCAGGUUCCACUGGGGCCUGAUGGCCUGCCUACCAUGGAUGGCUCAUCUCCCAUGGGUAGCUACACAGAUUCAAUAGACAGGAGGUAUAUGAAGAAUGGGGAGCGGUACAUCACGCCCCAGGCUUCAUCCACGUUAACCAGAUCUUAUAAUAGCUACAAUGAUUCUUACCCUGAUGGCCAUGAUGGGCAAUACCGCCCUUAUGUUGGCCAUGAUGGUUAUGGAGAGCUGCCUGAUAACUAUGGCAGUCUAUCCCGUGGUGUCAACUACCGUCCUCGCUAUGCCUACGUUCCAGGAAACAGUUACCGACCAGAGGAUGGGAGCUUCACUUUGCCAAGUAGGCGGGAUAACUACGGUCCCGUGGCCCAACCCCAAGUGCCAACAGGCAGCAAUGUUGACUUGAAUCGCUCUCAGCCAGAACGUUUCCAGCCAGAGCCCUAUGGACUGGAGGAUGAUAACCGCAGCCUCGGGGUUGAUGACGAAGGGUAUGAACUGGAUCCAGAUUAUUCCACUGUGAACAGAAGGACAGCUGCAGGGGUGCCUGAGAGAGGGAGGCCUCACAAAGGAAGGGGCUACGAUGAUCCUAUUGAGACAGAGAUGGUUGACGAGAGAAUCCCCUACCUUCACGGUGGCUAUGCAGCACCUCUAGCACAGCCAGAGAGAGGGAGCAUGGCUAGCAUUGACCGCCUGGGCAAACGCUCCCCCUCCAUUGACAGCAUCCGCAAAGACCCCAGGUGGCGAGACCCUGACCUCCCUGAAGUGAUUGCAAUGCUCAGUCACCCCAUUGAUCCAGUCAAAUCCAAUGCAGCAGCGUACCUGCAGCACUUGUGCUACGAGAAUGAUAAAAUCAAGAAGGAUGUGAGGCAUCUCAAAGGGAUCCCUAUUUUGGUGGGCCUGCUAGAUCACCCAAAGCCAGAAGUCCAUCGCAAAGCUUGUGGGGCACUGAGAAACAUCUCCUAUGGGAAGGAUAAUGAGAACAAGGUGGCUAUAAAGAACUGUGACGGGAUCCCAGCCUUGAUCAGAUUAUUGCGAAAAACAAAUGACAUGGAAGUCAGAGAGCUCAUUACAGGCACGCUGUGGAACUUGUCAUCCUAUGAGCCCCUAAAGAUGGUGAUCAUUAACCAUGGUCUUCAGACAUUGACAAACGAGGUGAUUAUCCCCCAUUCUGGAUGGGAGAGUGAACCAAAUGAGGACUCCAAGCCUCGGGAUGCUGAAUGGACAACAGUCUUCAAGAACACAUCUGGCUGCUUACGGAACGUAAGUUCAGAUGGAGCAGAAGCUCGCAGAAGACUGAGGGAAUGUGAUGGCUUGGUGGAUGCUCUCCUUCAUGCUCUACAGUCUGCAGUAGGCAAGAAGGAUACAGAUAACAAGUCUGUAGAGAACUGUGUGUGCAUCAUGAGGAACCUUUCAUAUCAUGUCCACAAAGAGGUCCCAGGAGCUGACAAGUACCAGGAGCAAGAUGCAAAUCAGCCUAUGAGCACAGGAGGCUCUCAGAAGAAGAAGAAGGAUGACGCAGGCUGUUUUGGUGGGAAGAAAGCUAAAGAGGAGUGGUUCAAUCAAGGAAAGAAGAACGGAGAUUUGGACAGAAACUUUGAUACACUUGAUUUGCCCAAACGGUCUGAAACAGCUAAAGGCUUUGAAUUGCUCUAUCAGCCAGACGUGGUACGACUAUACCUCUCUAUCCUCACUGAAAGCCAGAAUUUCAACACUUUGGAAGCUGCAGCAGGGGCUUUGCAGAACCUCAGUGCUGGAAACUGGACAUGGUCUACAUACAUCCGUGCAACAGUACGAAAGGAGAGGGGCUUACCAGUCCUCGUGGAGCUUCUCCAGUCUGACUCGGACAAGGUUGUGAGGGCAGUAUCGAUUGCACUGAGGAAUCUCUCCAUGGAUCGUCGCAACAAGGAUCUCAUAGGUAGCUAUGCCAUGGGGGAGCUGGUAAGAAAUUUGCCUAGUAGACAGCAGAGGUCUGCUAAAAACCUGGAAGAGGAUACAGUGGUUGCCGUCUUGAAUACUAUCCAUGAAAUUAUUACUGACAGUUCAGAAAAUGCAAGGUCCCUGAUCCAGACCCAGGGCAUUCAGAAGCUGGUAACAAUCAGCAAAUCAAGCCAGUCCCCCCGGGAGACAAAGGCAGCAUCUCAUGUUCUUCAGAUGGUCUGGAGCUACAAAGAACUACGGAGCGUUCUGCAGAAGGAUGGGUGGAACAAAUCCCAUUUCCAGACUGUUUCCGCAGCACCAAAGGGAUCCAGAGGUACUUCUGGCAAGUCUGGCUAUGAUGACAGCACUCUGCCAUUAGUGGAUAAAAGCCAAGAUAACGAGAAGGCUGGAAGUCGUGAUAUGAUACCUAUGGAUGAACUUGGUCCAGAUGGCUACUCCACCAUCGACCACCGGGACAAAGAGCGCAAGUACAAGACCAGUGAUAAUGUUGGGGACGCAUCAGAGAAAGAACCUUUAAAAAAUGACACAAAUAGGAAAAACAUUAACAGGAGUAACAGGGCUUCGGUGAAUCUGGUGGAUGCCCGUGACAUUAAACCCCAGCCUGUUGACUCCUGGGUCUAAUUUGCAUGCAUGGGCUAGAGUCCAACAACCUUUUUUUUUAAUCGAGGGGAAAAAUAUUUGAACCAACACAGAGGAUCUCAUAUAUCACCACUGCCAUUCAGAUUCAGAGGGCGCUGCAUCGUUGAACAGUCUGCAGGUUCUAGGAGGGUGUGGGGAGAAAACGCAGCCGACUGCCAUCAGCCAACCCUGGAGCACCAUGCCUUACAGGAAGACAAUUUGCUCUUUUAAAACUCAGUUAUAUUCCCAUCAGACAUAGCCGCCCCCCGCCCCCACCUCCCACCCCCUCGAAGACAACAGACAAGCUUACGUCUAACUGGUUAGGUUCUCAGAUGACUCUUGAUGUUGGUGCCGAGCAUGAGAAGAGAAGGUCAUGUGAUGGGGAAAAGGAUGACUUUGCAAGUGAAAGAGGAACUGCAGAAUAUCUGAAAUCUCCCUUAGGUGUAGCCGUGAAGACAAUAGCACUUUUCUUUUGGGGGUUUUUGUUUUUGAACUGUGAAUUUCAAUUUUUAAAAAUUUUAUUUAGGGGUUUUUGACUAAUAUUGAGGUUGUGUUCUGUUUUUUGUUUUUUCCACAAGAAGUACAGGAAUGUGGAGUUGGGUUUGUUGGAUUUUAAUGAAAGAGAAAAAACAGAAACUAUUAAAUGACGAUUGAAUGAACUGGAGAGAAAUUGAUGCAAGCUGUAUAAUCUGCUAUUAGACUAAGCGAUAUCACACUGUGCUAUAUUAUCAUUAUUAUCUGGUGUACAAUACUUCUGCCUUUUGAAUUCUGCAAUGGCUCUGUUUUUACUUCCACAUAUGUAAACAGUUCAUUGAAGUUUUCACUGUCCCUAAUUCAGAAAACUAUGCUAAGAAAUGGAGCUGGCUGAUUGUUUAUCUUUUCUGUUCCUGAUGUUCACAGUAAGGAGUUUUUAUUUUUAAGUGUAUCAAUGUUGGGUUAAUGGUGACUGAAUCCUUAAAUAUCAUUUCUUUGCCAUAGCUGGAAACACUUGGGAGAGAAACAGAAGCUUGUUUCCUCAUUUAGGGAGGUGAAAUGGGAACACGCGGGAAGCUUUAGGUGGUUCCUUCCUUUAUAUUUUAAUAAUAGACAUGAUUGCUAUGGGAUCCAGGUUUGGUUUUGGCUGUAGAUCUUGAAGAGUGCUACAAAGGGAACUGUAUUUUUUUCCCAGAAAAAUCAUCACCAUCAUGGUUUUGUACUGUUUCUUUCAUUUUGAGGUUGUGCUCACGUUGGUCAGGGUAACACUCAACUGGCUGCAGAGAGUCUGCUUCAAGGCACCUAGUAGGCCGGUCGGCUGUCUGCAUAGGGGAGACUGUUCACCCGACAAGAACUCGUUUUGCAUGUUCGGUAUCUGGUGAUGCAGUGUACUAGAUGCAAAUCUUUGGCCUCCUUGGGUUGCUGAUCCAGGGAGGGUGACAGGGGACAACGGGAGUCUACUCUUUUUCACGUAGUAGCGGACGCUUUCUGCUUUGUUUGUUGAGUUUCUGUUGUUGGUCGGUUGCUACGUUUACUCUGACAAGCUCCUAAAGCCAGUGUGAUUGAAAGCACAUUUUUGAAUCAAGCAAACUUAAUUUGGGGUUUUCAGUGCCUGCUGUUUCCUUUGUAAUUUAAAAAUGAAAAAAGAAUAAAAAAAAACCCAAACCAAAAAAAAAAAGAACAACCCCCCCCAGACAUAAACCCCUAAAAAUAUUACUGUAAUAGUAAGCAUCUAAAUUUUUUGUAAAAAAAAAAAAAAAAUUUAAAAAAC